AUGGAUCCAGAGUCCUUCCAUUCUGUGGUUCAUUGGGCUUCGGCUGCUACCCUCAUUCUUGUGGUGCAGCCUGAGUCAUCACAAUACCCCAGUUCCAGCCCACCAGCAGGAGAUGUGAACCUGGAGCCCUACAUGACAUAUGAGUACAGAGUUUCUGUGUGGAACAGCUACGGGAGAGGAUUCAGCAGAACUGUUAGAGCCAGCACAAAAGAAGAUGUGCCUCAAGGAGUGAGUCCCCCUCAGUGGACCAAAAUGGACAAUCUUGACGAUGCAUUUGUCUUAAACUGGAAGAAACCUAUACAACCAAAUGGUCCCAUUAUUUACUACAUUCUUCUCCGAAAUGGAAUCGAACGCUUUCGGGGAACAUCGCUGAGCUUCUCUGAUACAAAGGGAAUUCAGCCGUUUCAGGAAUAUUUAUAUCAGCUAAAGGCUUGCACGGUUGCUGGCUGUGCCGCCAGUAGCAAGAUAGUUGCAGCCACUACCCAAGGAGUUCCGGAGAGCAUCCUGCUACCAAGCAUCACAGCCCCAAGUGCAGAGGCUCUGCAUCUGAGCUGGAGUGUCCCUGAAAAACCAAAUGGUGUCAUUAAAGAGUACCAGCUCAGGCAGGUUGGGAAAGGUCUCAUCUACACUGACACCACUGACAGGAGGCAGCAUACGGUCACAGGUCUCCAGCCAUACACCAACUACAGCUUCACACUUACGGCUUGUACAUCUGUUGGAUGCACUUCGAGUGAGCCUUUUCUAGGUCAGACCCUGCAGGCAGCCCCUCAAGGAGUUUGGGUGACACCUCGACAUGUUAUCAUCAAUUCUACAACAGUGGAAUUAUAUUGGAGUCCGCCAGAAAAGCCCAAUGGCCUCAUUUCUCAAUAUCAAUUGAGUCGUAAUGGAACGUUGCUUUUCCUGGGUGGCAGUGAAGAGCGGAAUUUCACUGAUAGAAAUCUGGAGCCCAACAGCAGAUAUGUUUACAAGUUAGAAGCCAAAAGCGGAGGAGGCAGCACUACUAGUGAUGAUUACAUCAUCCAAACACCAAUAUCCACACCUGAAGAAAUCCAUCCUCCGUAUAAUAUCACAGUAAUUGGGCCUUAUUCCAUAUUUGUAGCUUGGACACCACCAGGAGGUUGCGGAGUUAGCAGUAGGAUGUUUGUCAAAACAUCUGAAGCAGCCCCAGUGGGUCUUAAUGCCCCUAUUCUUAAGGCAUUGGGGUCAGCUUGCAUAGAGGUUAAGUGGAGCCCACCUAAAAAGCCAAAUGGAGUCAUAAUCAACUACUUUAUUCACAGACGUUCUGCUGGCGGUGAAGAGGAGUCUCUUCUGUUCGUCUGGUCAGAAGGAGCCCUUGAAUUUACCGAUGAGGAGUCUCUUCUGUUCGUCUGGUCAGAAGGAGCCCUUGAAUUUACCGAUGGUGCGGAUGCUCUGAGGCCUUUCACACUCUACGAAUACCAGGUCAGAGCCAGUAACUCCAGGGGUUCCGUGGAGAGUCUGUGGUCAUCAGCACGGACUCUGGAAGCACCACCUCAAGAUGUGCCAGCUCCUUGGGCUCAGGCCACCAGUGCCCACUCAGUUCUGCUGAAUUGGACAAAGCCAGACUCUCCCAAUGGCAUUAUCUUCCAGUACCGUGUGGUCUACCAAGAGAAACCUGAUGAUCCAACAUUUAACAGCUCUACCGUGCAUGCUUUCACAGUGAUGGAACCUAGGAGAACCCUAAAUCAUACCCCUGAUUCCAAACCCAGCACUCACCCUACAGAACUACAAACCAUUGACAGAACGAACACAGGCAUCAUGAUUCUUAGUCAAGCUGUCAGAAAAGAUGAAUGUGACAUCACCUUAAAGUUCCUGGAUGAUUCCUUAGACCUUUCUAUCAUCUUGGCAGAGUUUGAUCAGGAGAUGGAGGCAGACCUGAAGGGUGCAGAAAUUAAGGUUAUUACACAAAUUGAGCCAUAUGGUCCAAAUAUUUCAGCAAGAAAAUUGCCAGGCAAUAAAAAUUGCUCCUGCCUUCCUAAUGGUGAAACAAGCCAUCAAGCCCACCUGUUUGGCUUAGAGCCAUUCACAACAUAUCACAUUGGCGUUGUGGCCGCAAACCAUGCAGGAGAAGUUUCAAGCCCCUGGACUCUGAUUCAGACCUUAGAAUCUUCCCCAAGUGGACUGAGCAACUUUACAGUAGAACAGAAAGAGAAGGGCCGAGCAUUGCUACUGCAGUGGUCAGCGCCUGCGAGAACCAACGGUGUGAUUAAGACCUACAACAUCUUCAGUGACGGCGUCCUGGAGUACACCGGUUUGAGUCGUCGGUUUCUCUUCCGCCGCCUGGACCCUUUCACUCUCCACACGCUGACCCUGGAGGCCUGCACCAGGGCAGGGUGUACGCACACAGCGCCCCAGGCUCUGUGGACAGACGAAGCCCCUCCGGACUCCCAGCUGGCUCCUNGAAAACAAGAUGGUUUUACCCAUUUCGUAGUCAUCAAAACCUACAACAUCUUCAGUGAGGGCGUCCUGGAGUACACCGGUUUGAGUCGUCGGUUUCUCUUCCGCCGCCUGGACCCUUUCACUCUCUACACGCUGACCCUGGAGGCCUGCACCAGGGCAGGGUGUAUGCACACAGCGCCCCAGGCUCUGUGGACAGACGAAGCCCCUCCGGACUCCCAGCUGGCUCCUAUAAUCCAGUCUGUGCAGUCCACCAGCGUUGAGCUGAGCUGGUCUGAGCCUGUUAACCCAAAUGGAAAAAUAAUUCGCUAUGAAGUGAUUCGCAGAUGCUUCAAGGGAAAAGCUUGGGGGAAUCAGACAAUCCAGGCUGAUGAGAAAAUUGUUUUCACAGAGUAUAAUACUGAAAGGAAUACAUUUAUGUAUAAUGACACAGGUUUGCAGCCGUGGAUGCAGUGUGAAUAUAAAAUCUGCACUUGGAAUUCAGCGGGGCGUACCUGUAGCUCUUGGAAUGCGGCAAGGACUUUGCAAGCACCCCCGGGAGGUCUCUCUCCACCUGAGAUAGCCUAUGUGUCUAGGGAUCCCCCCAAAUUGCUGAUUUCCUGGGUCCCACCAGAACAGUCCAAUGGCAUUAUCCAAUCCUAUAGGCUUCAAAGAAAUGGAAUACUCUAUCCUUUCAGCUUUGAUGCUGUGACUUUCAAUUAUACCGAUGAAGAGCUGCUUCCUUUUUCGGCCUACAGUUAUGCAGUCCUGGCCUGCACAAGCGGAGGCUGCUCCCCCAGCAGACCCACCAGCAUCACAACUCCUGAGGCUGCUCCCACACAAGUCAGCCCUCCAGCUCUUUGGGCCAUCAGUGCCAGUCAAAUAAAUGUAUCUUGGUCACCACCAUCAAUUCCAAAUGGAAAGAUCACAAACUACUCGCUUAGAUACGAUGGUAAGGAGUACUUUGCUGGGCAGGGCCUGUCCCUACUGGUUUCCCACCUGCAGCCUUACACUCAGUAUAAUUUCUCCCUUGUCGCCUGCACAAAUGGGGGUUGCACAGCUAGUAUGUCACAGUCUGCCUGGACAUUGGAGGCCCCACCAGAGAACAUGGACCCCCCAACACUGCAAGUCACAGGCUCAGAAUCAAUAGAAAUCACCUGGAAACCUCCAAGAAACCCAAACGGCCAGAUCAGAAGUUAUGAACUUAGGAGGGAUGGAACCAUUGUAUACACAGGCCUGGAAACCCGCUACCAUGAUUUCACCCUCACACCAGGUGUGGAGUAUGGCUACACGGUGACUGCCAGCAACAGCCAAGGGGGGAUUUUGAGUCCACUCGUCAAAGAUCGAACCAGCCCCUCAGUGCCCUCAGGGAUGGAACCUCCAAAAUUGCAGGCUAGGGGCCCUCAGGAGAUGUUAGUGAACUGGGACCCUCCUGUGGGGACAAAUGGCGAUAUUGUCAACUAUACCCUCUUCAUCCGUGAGCUAUUUGAAAGAGAAACGAAAGUCAUACACAUAAACACAACUCAUGAUUCUUUUGGCACACAGUCAUUCGUAGUAAAUGAGCUGGAGCCGUUUCACAGGUACGAAGUACGAAUUCAAGCCUGCACUGCCCUGGGAUGCACGUCAAGUGACUGGGCAGCCACACAGACCCCUGAGGUUGCACCGAUGAUGCAACCCCCUCCACAUCUAGAGGUACGGAUGGCUCCAGGAGGAUUCCAGUCCAAUGUUUCCCUUCUGUGGACGGGACCACUUCAGCCCAAUGGAAAAGUUUUAUACUAUGAAUUGUACAGAAGACAAAUAGCAACUCAGCCUGACAAAUCCAAUCCAAUGCUCACCUAUAAUGGAAGCUCAAGCUCUUUUAUGGAUUCUGAACUAUUGCCUUUCACAGAGUAUGAGUAUCAGAUUUGGCGUGACAGAGACACAGCCUUGUGCAAGUUUUGUGAAAUCCGCAAUGCUUUGUCAUCUCAGCUUUCACUUCACUGUAGCUGUUUUCGCUUUCAGACUAGCUCAUUGCCUCUGUACCAAGCUCCGUUUUCGGUGGACAGCAACCUGUCUGUGGUGUGCGUGAACUGGAGUGGCACUUUCCUUCUGAACGGCCCGCUGAAGGAGUACGUGGUGACCGAUGGAGGGCAGCGUGUGUACAGCGGCCUCGACACCACCCUCUACAUUCCACGGACGGCAGACAAAACCUUCUUUUUCCAGGUCACUUGCACUACAGAUGAAGGAAGUGUUAAGACGCCAUUGAUCCAAUAUGAUACCUCUGCUGGAUUCGGCCUCGUGCUAACAACUCCUGGAGGAAAGAGAGGGUCGGGGAGCAACAGCACGGAGUUCUACAGAGAGCUGUGGUUCAUAGUGUUAAUGGCGAUGCUGGGCCUGAUCUUGUUGGCCAUUUUUCUGUCCCUGAUACUGCAAAGAAAAAUCCACAAAGAACCAUAUAUUAGAGAGAGACCACCCUUGGUACCUCUUCAGAAGAGGAUGUCUCCACUGAGCGUCUACCCACCGGGGGACACCCACACGUUUGACUCUGUGGCUGAUAUAUCUGAUGUGUCAAGCAACGUCACCCUAAAAAGUUACACCAUGCACUUGGAGGGAUUAGCUGAUACCAAAAUUCCCCGGUCUGGGACACCUGUGAGUAUUCGCAGCGGCUGCAGCACAUCAGUACUGCGGAUCCCAAGUCAGAGCCGGCUUAGCCACACCUACUCCCAGGGCUCCCUGGGCCGUAGUGUCAGCCAGCUCGUCGACAUUCAAGAGAAGAAGGUCCUGACUGACGAUUCACUGUGGGAAACCAUCCUGGGCCACGACAGCGGACUGUACAUGGAUGAAGAGGACCUGAUGAAUGCCAUCAAAGGUUUCAGCUCAGUGACCAAGGAACACACCACAUUCACCGACACCCACCUGUAA